GGCUAAAUACCCCAUGGUUCGUGUGACAGCUCAUUUUCUUGCUCGCGCCAGUUUGUAUGAUUCCUUUAAUGAAGCAUUGACUUGCCAAAUCUGAGUUGUUGGCGCCCGUUUCUUGUCCAUCAGCUAUUCAAGAAGCAGUCAGUACGAUGAAGACCACAGCAACACUUCCAGCGGCCUUGACGCUACUCGUAGCAGGCCUAUCGACCGCUCAAGCUGACAACUCCGACUACCUAGACUCCGUCUGCUCACCCGAGGGGGAUUUCACGUCCGGUCCCAUCCCACCAUGCAUUGACAUUAUCAGCAUUGAAGCCACCUGUGCGCCCAACGGAACCGACGCUCUAGCCCUUGAGGCCCACGCGCAGUGUAUGUGCAAGGGUUCAUACUUUGCGGAGUGGCUCGGAUGCCGACAAUGCCUCUUCGAUCACGGCGGGAUGAGCGAGCGAAACCUGACAUACUACAAGUCGGUCAUCGCCACGGCCUCGAACCUGUUGUGUACCGGCACGCCCACGGCACCAUUCCAGACGCUUUUCAGCAGCGCAGGCGCCGAGGUGCCGAUACCCACAGUUGGCGGCGCUGCGUUCAGCGAUGUUGCGUCAGGGAACACAGCGGUCAGCGUGUAUUAUACCGCGAGCGGAAGUCAGGGCCCGGGGCAGAUCACCGGAAGUGCGACAGCGGCGACCGCUACGGUGUCAGUGACAACUGAUGCUGCCGCAACAACGACAACUGGCGUGGAGCCAAGUACAACCACUGGAGAGAGUGCUGGGACUAACACUAGGGGAACAUCCGCCAGCACCUCCGCUACUUCGAGCUCGAGCAACGUUGCCGCGGCGACGGGGGUCGCCGGCGGCAUCAAGAACUUGUUGUUCGCUAUGGCCGGUGGGGCACUGGUGGUUGCAUUAUGAUGAUGCCCGGAGAGUGACAUGUGUCGCGGAUAAUGUGCAUAAGAGAACGAAAGGCUUAACAGAUGGGUAAUGUUUACGGUAGAAAAUGUUGUAUGAAAGUAAUGAAAGCGCAUUGAGAUGAGUAUGGACACUGUAAGCUUGGCAGUACCUUGUUCACAUCAACUCAACGUUUCCCGCCUCACCAUGUCCAGUCAU